AUGAAUAACGCUGAAAAAGUUGAGUUGGUUUUAAUUUAUGGUGAAUGUCAGCGGUUAAGUCAAGAAGGAAGAUUUCCUGAUAGACAAAUCAAUCAACAAAGGCGUAGAGCAAAUUUGUUUGAUGAAGACAUAGAAUUACAGGUACUAGCAUACAUACGAGCUAACCCACGAUCGUCAAUUAGGCAUGUUGCUCUCGAAAUUAGAAUUUCAUAUGGAGAUUCUACUCGUAGGUUAGAAUUUAUAGCUUGGUUCAAUAUUCAAUUUCAUAAUAACCCUCUAAUUGUCAAUCACAUUCUUUGGAGUGAUGAAUCAAAAUUUACCAAUAAUGGCAUUAUGAAUAAGCAAAAUCAUCGAUACUGGGAUGAUACAAACCCACACUGGUCACGUGAAACUAAUUUUCAAACGGUCUGGGGAAUUAAUGUAUGGUGUGGGUUAGUUGGUGGAAAGCUUAUAGGACCGUACUUUUAUGAUGGGACACUUAAUGGCAGACGAUAUUUAAAUUUUUUAACCAACGAACUGCCAAGAAUGUUGGAAGAUGUUUCAUUAGACACACGAGAACAUAUGUUUUUUCAACAAGAUGGAGCACCAGCCCAUAAUGCAAUUAUUGUUAGACAAAAAUUAAAUGAAAUGUUUCCGAACCGCUGGAUUGGUACUUAUGGCGUCGUUCCUUGGCCGGCACGGUCUCCAGAUUUAACGUCAUUGGAUUUUUUUUUAUGGGGACACUUGAAGACUGUGGUUUACGCAGAUCUACCUGUUAAUCUUCAAGACUUAAAAAAUAAAAUACAGGCAGCGUGUGAAAUUUUAAGAGAAGAGCAAAUCAAGGCGGCAACUACGACUGAAUUUUUGAGACGACUUGAAUCAUGUUUAGAACAUUAUGGUGGAAAUUUUGAACAAUUUAUAAGAUAA